AUGUCGGUGGCCACUGGUCGCUCGCGCUCCAGGUCGAUAUACGAUAUCAGUGCGUUCGAAGGUCUUGAAGAAUACGAUGCGCUACAGCAGUAUAUAGCGAACUGGCGAGACGUCCGACCCGCCGAGGGUGCAAAAGCUGGGGAAGAGCAGCCCAGACCGAAAUGGUGGCAGUUGUGGAGAAUUGAACCUCCCGGCCCGACGACUCCGGUAAAGGUACCAGACGAGUUACUCAACACUACCCUUCGCACCGGUCUCACUCAGGCCGAAGUGGAAAAUCGGAGGAGGCGAUACGGUUGGAAUGAAAUUACAACGGAGAAGGUGAACCUGUUGAAACAAUUUCUUAGUUAUUUCAAGGGACCCAUUCUUUACGUCAUGGAAAUUGCCGCUCUACUUGCUGCUGGUCUCCAGGAUUGGGUUGACUUUGGUGUCAUCUGUGGUAUUCUGUUGUUGAACGCCUUCGUCGGUUGGUAUCAAGAGAAGCAAGCCGCCGAUGUCGUAGCGAGCUUGAAAGGCGACAUCGCCAUGAAAGCGACCGUGGUCCGCGAUGGAAGAGAGCAGACCAUUCUUGCUAGAGAACUCGUCCCUGGAGAUAUUAUCGUCGUUGAGGAAGGCCAGACCGUCCCUGCCGACUGCCGACUGAUGUGCGACUACAACAGACCGGAAGAUAUCGAAAUCUACAACCAGAUGAAGGCAGAGGAGAAGUUCUCCGAGGAAGAGGAGCCGGAAGAUGAGAAGAAGCAUGAAGGAGAGGAAGACGCGGAACAGGCCGAGCAACCAAUUCCGCACACUCACUCUAUCGUUGCUUGCGAUCAGUCUGCCAUCACUGGAGAGUCUCUCGCCGUCGACAAGUAUAUCGGAGAGGUUGCAUUCUACACCACAGGUUGCAAGCGCGGGAAAGCAUAUGCUAUCGUAUUGACAUCCGCCAAGUACUCCUUUGUAGGGCGCACCGCAGCACUCGUGGCCGGGGCCAAAGACCAGGGGCACUUCAAGGCCAUCAUGGACUCCAUCGGUACUGCUUUACUGGUACUUGUCAUGUUCUUCAUUCUCGCGUCAUGGAUUGGGGGUUUCUUCCGUAAUCUGAGGAUUGCAACGCCAGAGGGCGACUCGAACGUUCUGCUGCGAUACGCCUUGAUUUUGUUGAUCAUCGGUGUCCCUGUAGGUCUACCGGUUGUUACAACUACUACACUGGCUGUCGGUGCUGCCUAUCUUGCAAAACAGAAGGCCAUUGUACAGAAGCUCACUGCUAUCGAAUCCUUGGCCGGCGUGGACGUGUUAUGCUCCGACAAGACUGGUACCUUAACAGCGAACAAACUUAGUAUCCGGGAGCCUUACGUCGCAGAGGGCCAAGAUGUCAACUGGAUGAUGGCUGUUGCUGCGUUGGCUUCGUCUCACAAUCUCAAGUCUCUUGACCCUAUUGACAAGGUGACAAUUCUCACUCUCCGUCGUUACCCAAAGGCAAGGGAGAUCCUGGCCCAAGGCUGGAAAACCGAGAAGUUCACGCCCUUCGACCCAGUGUCCAAAAGGAUCACCGCAGUCUGCUACAUGGGUGGCGACAAGUAUGUGUGCGCCAAAGGAGCUCCAAAGGCCAUUCUGAAUCUGUCCGAGUGUGAUGAGGAAACGGCGCGGCUCUUCCGCGAGAAGGCUGCAGAUUUCGCCAGACGAGGCUUCAGAUCGCUCGGUGUGGCGUAUCAGAAGAACGACGGCCCUUGGAUCCUCCUAGGCCUGCUUUCCAUGUUUGACCCUCCCCGCGAGGAUACUGCUCAGACCAUUGUCGAAGCACAAGCACUCGGCGUGCCCGUGAAGAUGUUGACGGGUGAUGCCAUUGCAAUUGCCAAGGAGACCUGCAAGAUGCUGGCUUUGGGUACAAGAGUCUAUAACUCUCAUAGGCUCAUCCACGGUGGCCUAUCUGGCACUACCCAGCAUGAUCUUGUUGAGCGUGCCGAUGGCUUCGCAGAGGUUUUCCCCGAACACAAGUACCAGGUCGUCGAGAUGUUGCAACAAAGAGGUCAUCUGACGGCAAUGACUGGGGACGGUGUUAAUGACGCACCUUCACUCAAAAAGGCCGACUGUGGUAUUGCAGUUGAAGGUUCUUCGGAAGCUGCCCAAGCCGCUGCAGAUAUCGUGUUCCUCGCGCCGGGACUGAGUACCAUCGUUCUGGCAAUCAAGACCGCCCGCGAGAUCUUCCAGCGAAUGAAGGCCUACGUCCAAUAUCGCAUUGCACUGUGUCUUCACCUGGAGAUUUACCUUGUUACAUCUAUGAUAAUUCUCCGGGAAACUAUUCGCGUUCAGUUGGUCGUCUUCAUCGCUCUCUUCGCCGAUCUGGCCACCGUCGCUGUUGCAUACGACAAUGCGCAUUCGGAAGAGAGACCAGUGGAGUGGCAACUUCCCAAAAUCUGGAUAAUUUCCGUGAUUCUGGGCUUUUUGCUUGCGCUUUUUACCUGGAUAAUCCGCGGCACCCUUUUCCUGCCCAAUGGCGGCAUUGUCCAGAAUUUCGGUUCUGUCCAGAUGAUCCUCUUCCUUGAAGUGUCGCUUACGGAAAAUUGGUUGAUCUUCGUCACUCGCGGUGGAAGAACAUGGCCGUCGUUCCAGCUUGUUGCCGCCAUCUUCGGCGUCGAUGUCAUCGCUACCAUCUUCACUCUCUUCGGCUGGUUGUCUGGAUCACCCCAAAUAACAGACCCACCAACAUCAUGGGUCCAACGCCAAGACGGAUGGGUCGAUAUUGUUACUGUCGUUCUCAUCUGGGCGUAUAGUAUUGGCGUCACGGUCAUCAUCGCCGUUACGUACUAUCUGCUGAACAAGAUCAGAUGGCUGGAUGACCUCGGCCGCAAGGAGCGGAGUAAGAAGGACCCAGUCAUCGAAAACACAAUCGCAGCACUUAGCAAACUCGCUCUUGAGCAUGGGACAGAUAAACACGGUACCGAGCGAUACGUUCUUGCCCAAAGAGCAGCCGAGGAGUCGGACGAGGAGUAA